UGGCGGCCACCGUGAACCAGGACCUGCGCAGGGAGCGGGCCGCCGCCAGCUUCAACCCGGAUCUGCUCACGCACAUUCUGGACGGCGGCGCGGAAAACACCCGGCGCCGCCGCGAGAUCGAGAACCUGAUUCUCAGAGACCCAGACUUCUUCCAGCAUGAAGACUUGAACUUCCUCACUCGCAGCGAGCGUUACGAGUUGGCUAUAAAGAAGAGUGCCACCAUGGUGAAAAAGAUAAGAGACUUUGGCAUCUCAGACCCCAAUGAAAUCAUGUGGUUUAAAAAACUAAAUCAGAUCGUUUUUGUGGAACCUGUGAGCGUCCAUUACCUCAUGUUUAUCCAAACCUUGCUGAAUCAGGGCACCUCUGCUCAGCAAGAGAAAUGGCUGCUUUCGUCCAAAAGACUCGAGAUAAUUGGCACCUACGCCCAGACGGAAUUGGGCCACGCAUUCUGUACCGAGUCGGGCCUUCGCCUCUGGAUCUUCACUUAGGCAUGUUCCUACCCACCUUACUUCACCAGGCCACUGCGGAGCAGCAGGAGCGCUUCUUCAUGCCCGCCUGGAGCUUGGAGAUCAUUGGCACUUAUGCACAGACAGAGAUGGGUCAUGGAACUCAUCUUCGAGGCUUGGAAACCACAGCCACUUACGACCCCGAAACCCAGGAGUUCGUUCUCAAUAGUCCUACCGUGACCUCCAUCAAGUGGUGGCCUGGUGGGCUUGGAAAGACUUCAAAUUAUGCGAUAGUGCUUGCCCAGCUCUACACUAAGGGGAAGUGCUAUGGAUUACACGCCUUCAUUGUACCCAUUCGUGAGAUGGGAACCCACAAGCCUUUGCCAGGUAUUACCGUUGGUGACAUUGGCCCCAAAUUUGGCUAUGAUGAGGUGGAUAAUGGUUACCUGAAGAUGGACAGUUACCGUAUUCCCAGAGAAAACAUGCUGAUGAAGUACGCCCAGGUGAAGCCCGACGGCACGUACGUGAAACCCGUGAGUAACAAGCUGACCUACGGGACCAUGGUGUUUGUCAGGUCCCUCCUUGUGAAAGAUGCCGCUCAGUGCCUAUCGAAGGCGUGCACCAUUGCCAUCCGGUACAGCGCCGUGAGGCACCAGUCUGAAAUCGAGCCAGGUGAACCAGAACCACAGAUUUUGGAUUUUCAGACCCAACAAUAUAAACUCUUUCCACUCCUGGCCACUGCCUAUGCCUUCCAUUUUGUGGGCGCAUACAUUAAGGAGACCUAUCAUCGGGUUAAUGAGGACAUUGGCCAAGGGGACCUGAGUGAGUUGCCCGAGCUUCACGCGCUCACUGCCGGGCUGAAGGCGUACACCACCUGGACGGCGAGCAGUGCUAUUGAAGCUUGUCGGAUGGCUUGUGGCGGCCACGGCUUUUCUCACUGCAGCGGUCUCCCCAGUAUUUACGUCACUUUUACCCCAACCUGCACCUUCGAGGGAGAAAACACUGUCAUGAUGCUGCAGACGGCUAGGUUCCUGAUGAAAAGCUAUGACCAGGUGCGCUCAGGAAAGCUGCUGUGCGGCCUGGUGUCCUACUUGAACGACCUACCCAGUCAGCGCAUCCAGCCACAGCAGGUGGCGGUCUGGCCGGCUGUGCUGGAUAUCAGCAGCCCCGACAGCCUGACGGAAGCGUAUAAACUCCGAGCAGCCAGAUUAGUAGAAAUUGCUGCGAAAACCCUUCAAGCUGAACUGAGUCACAGAAAAAGUAAGGAGGUCGCUUGGAACCUCAGUUCCAUCGACCUUGUUCGAGCAAGUGAGGCACAUUGCCACUAUGUGACAGUUAAGCUCUUUUCAGAAAAACUCCCCAAAAUUCAAGAUAAAUCCAUCCAAGCUGUCUUGAGGAAUUUAUGUCUCUUAUAUUCUCUGUACGGAAUCAGUCAGAAGGCAGGGGAUUUUCUUCAGGAGAGCAUUCUGACAGACUCUCAAAUUGCCCAAGUACACCAGCGUAUCAAGGAGUUACUGACCGUCAUUCGCCCAGAUGCUGUUGCUUUGGUUGAUGCGUUUGAUUUUCAGGAUAUGUCACUGGGCUCUGUACUUGGCCGCUAUGAUGGGAAUGUGUAUGAGAACUUGUUUGAGUGGGCCAAGAAAUCCCCACUAAACAAAGAAGAGGUCCAUAAAUCUUUCUACAAGUACCUGAAGCCUUUGCAGUCCAAACUCUGAAUGUCACGACGAGUUUAUUCUGCCCCAGGAAGCAGCUGUACUCUGCUGCUCCCCUGGUACCUGCCACACAAAUCUACGCGGAAUCUUUAUCGAAUUCGGAGAGCUAUAGAGCAAAUGAUAAAUUGGCCCCUUUCCCAUCUAUAAAUAAAAAAAUGAACAGCUUACAGAAAUUAAAUGAAAAAAACAUGUUUUUAAGUGCAAUUAACACUGAAAGAGACCCGUUAAGCAUUCAGAAAAAGCUUUGAGAAAUGUACUCUGACUUCCAUAUGUACAGCUGCUGAUCCCAGGAGGCCAUAACUUACGAUAAUUAGUAAAACUUAACUACUGAGUAGUUAAUUAUUUUCACAUCUUAAUUGCACAUCACUGGAUAUAUGUGUUUUUAAGCAAAGGUAUUUUUAAAAGGGUACAACCCUUCCAAGUUUUCCUGCUUAGUGUCCCUGUCACUACUGUCAUGGGCCUUGGCUUAAAAGCAGGACCCGAGGCUGGAUUGGGGGAAAGAAACCAAUCAGAAACUUUAGUGUGAGUUUGUGCUUAACUCAUCUUCUGCCUGCUUGCCCUUGGUUGCUGACAUAAUGUUUCUGUUUGUUCAUAGUAGCAUUUUUCCUACACAGGGAUUUCUUCAGCACAGAGCUACUACAGGGUCAUUGUCCUAUGUGACUGGGAAUCGAUCUUCCACUCGAAGGAUCCUAAAAUUGUCACUGUAGUAGCACUGCAACUCCCUGUGUCCCCAACUUCUAGUGGAGGGGUAGGUAGCAAAGUUAUCUCUACAUAGGACUUUUGGCAGCUAAUGGGACUCAGUCAGUGGUGUUUGAUCUCCCUCCAUCCCUGUCCCUUAACCUCUCCUGAAAGAGAUGCCGGAGGAGAAGAGAGUCACAGUUCCCUCCUAGUAGAAUAUGUAUAGGGAAAGCUCUCGGUUACGGUUACGGUAACUUUGGGUACCAUAGUAACUGGUAGAUUUCAUAUAUUCUGUUAUAUUGGCAUAAACCAUUAAAAUGCUUGGAAGUUACAGUACCUUGCAUUAGGAAAGUAAAAUCAUAUUUCAGGUUAACUCUUAGACCCAGGGGUAGCACAGAAAAAUCUUUUGACAAACCAUGUGUUCUGAUUUUUGGAUCAGAAAAUAUAAUCUUUGAAGGAUAAAGGAUAAAUGGGACUUCCAUAGGAUCUCUUUCUUUUUUUCGUUUAGGUGAGGCAACACCCUUGGUGGACCUCACAGAUUGCAAGGAACUUGUCAGCUUACAAUCCCUUAUUUUUUUUUUUUUAUGCCUACAGCACCUAGUCUUCCUAGUUGGUCUCUCAUCCAAGUACUAACCAGGCCUGACCCUGCUUAGCUUCUGAGAUCAGACGGGAUCGCGCUUGUUCAGGGUGGCAUGACCGCAGACAUAGGAUCUAUUAUUGUUUAUCUGGCUUCAUUUUCAGUCUGUUUCUAGGAGCUUUAUCUGAAUCGCUGAAUUGUCCUUUCAGCUGAAAUCUAAUUUACACAAUCAUUGUAUAUUUAAAGAGUAAACGUGUACCUCUUAUUGAAUUUUAUUCAAAAAAAAUCAGUGUAAAACAACAUGUCACUUGAUUUUUAACCUGUUAACUGUAUUUGUGACCUCUGCCUCAAACCAGUUCUAGAAUCAUUCUUGAGAAUGUAGUAUAAUUCAGUGGAAAUGUAACUCCUGUCUCGACCUGACAGCAAAUCUAUCCCAGUAGAACCCAGUAAUGUGAGAAUUUUAGGCCCAGCGGAAAUACUGGCUGUUGACACAAGCCUUAAUCUUUCCACCAGGAGAAUUAAUUGAUAAUUGUGUUCAGAUUGAAGUAGAAAGCACUAUGUGUUAAUCUCGUUUGGGUAUAUCUUGACAGUCCAGUUUCUGGGGACUAACAAAUUUAAAUUGCUUAUAUUGACCUGUUAAGUGUAGAAUUGUUUCAAAAUUAGUGGUUAAAUACCUUAUUCACAGAUGAAUAUCUGUAAUCAGGAUCUAAGGGUGUUUGAAAUGACACCCACUUAGUCUAGCUGCAUAAGUCUGGGUGGGAUCUUAGAAGGUUUGAACAGGUGUAGACACUACAGAGCCACCUUCAGUUCAGCAUUUUGAGUUUUAUUUAAAAACUAAAUCUGAUACUAUUUGAUACUAUUUUUAACAUCGGAAUGUAUUGUCUUGAACUUUGUUCACUGUAAUCAAAGAAUAAAGAUAGUAAAACCUCACCAA